CUGGCAACCCCUCUGACAACCGCACCUUGAGCCGUCGUGGCGAAACGCCCCCUUCAUUGCCAGCACUGACGUGCCAGGAAGAAAGGCGUCCCGCUGCUGUUUAUACAGCUCUUGUUGUGAAGUUACUGAGAGAAAAACGUGCGGCGGGCAGUUUGACCAGCAAUGUCGGGCAGGUAGAGACUGCGUGAUCAAAGCUGCUGAAAUGAGCGACACAGCCGAGACGAGAGGGCCCGUUACCCGCCGGAGGAGGACCACUAUCACCAGCGUGAAGCAAGCCAACGGGAGCAAGAGGCAAGAGGUAGGGGAGAAACCGCUACAGUGUUCCGUUAAAGAGAAAAGCGCAGACAAGGUCCAGAAGCAUGCAAGCAAUAACGCGAAGGUGGAGAGAGAAACGGGGAAGUCGGCCCACCAGCAGCUCACAAACAGUCCGAAGAAACAGAAGAGUGCGGUGGAAGAUAUCAACGACAGGCUCAGAUGUCACAAUCUACAGGAGUCUCUCUUGAGCUCAGCCAGCGGCUACAGCAACUACAGAGGAAUCCUCAACUGGUGUGUUGUCAUGCUGGUGCUGAGUAAUGCACGACUUUUCUUAGAGAACAUUAUAAAGUAUGGCAUCUUGGUAGACCCUAUCCAAGUAGUGUCCCUCUUCUUAAAGGACCCUUAUAGCUGGCCAGCAGCAUGCCUGAUCAUUGUGUCCAAUGUGUUCAUCUUAGCAGCCUUGCACAUAGAGAGGCGUCUGGCUGUGGUCACCAUCUCUGAAACCACAGGGCUGAUUCUUCACAUGUUUAACCUGACAUCCUUGUUGAUCUUUCCUUCAGCCUCAGUCCUCACUGUGACCUCCAUCACACCAGUGGGUGGUGUGCUCUCCUUAGGGAUCUACACAGUGCUGUUUCUCAAACUGUACUCCUACAUGGAAUCCAACAAGUGGUGCAGGGAAAUCAGACAAGCCAAAGCCAAAAAAAUGACACGGUCAUAUUCAUGUCCAAUUGUGGCACAAUCCAACGGGUCAGCAGUUCACGCCAGUGUUUCCUACCCAGGCAACCUCACACACAGAGACAUGUACUACUUUGUCUUUGCGCCAACUCUCUGCUAUCAGCUCAACUUCCCACGGUCUCCACGAAUACGCAAAAGGUUUCUGAUAAGAAGACUUUUUGAAAUGCUUUUCCUCAUGCAGUUGUUGGUGGGAUUAAUACAGCAGUGGAUGGUCCCCACUAUUCAGAACUCAAUGAAACCAUUCCAGGAAAUGGACUUUUCUAGGAUGGUGGAACGCUUGCUGAAACUAGCUGUUCCUAACCAUCUAAUAUGGUUAAUAUUCUUCUAUUGGUUUUUUCAUUCCUCUCUGAACUUUGUGGCAGAGCUGCUGCAGUUUGGAGACCGGGAGUUCUACAGAGACUGGUGGAAUUCUGAGACUGUCACAUACUUCUGGGCCAACUGGAACAUCCCAGUGCACAAGUGGUGCCUGAGACAUUUCUAUAAGCCAAUGUUGAGGAAGGGGGUGAACAAGUUUCUGGCUCAGACUGCUGUUUUCCUGGUUUCUGCCUUCUUCCAUGAGUACCUGGUGAGUAUUCCUUUGAAGAUGUUCAGACUGUGGGCCUUCAUGGGAAUGAUGGCUCAGGUUCCUCUGGCUUGGUUUGUGAGUCGUUUCCUAAAUGGAAAUUACGGCAAUGCAGCCGUGUGGAUCUCACUCAUCAUCGGACAGCCCAUUGCUGUGUUGAUGUACGUCCAUGACUACUAUGUCAUUCAUUACGGGAGCACUACAUAGCACAGGAUAGACAUAUGCAUUCUCCUACAUGCACACACCAGCCUGCGGGACAAGCCAUUGAGAUUAUAGAGCAGGUUCAGGGAAAAUGAUGGCAACUUAAUGUUUAUGAAGCUGUGACAGCAAUGGCACGAAAGUUGUGACUUUAUUUUUGCACAUCAGAGAACCAACAGGAAAUGAUCUUGGAUAUUUAAGUGUUUUGUCUAGUCUCACACUGCACUCUUAUCAGCCUCCAACUUUGCAACCCACUGUACAAAAGCAAAUAUGUGGUGCUAAGGUUUAAUCUACUGUUCAUUGGCUCAAAGGUUAGAUGCAUUGAAGAAAAAAAAAAAAAAAAGACUCCUCUGCUUUAAUACAGUCAUUUAAAAGUGGGAAGACUACUAAAAAACUCAUACUCCUCCUGAGUUGUGAAUGUCUAAGAGUGCACAGGUGUAACAAAUGUGAACCACACUGCCAAGCGAGCACAAGCUAGAGCAGGAUCCUGCCUCCAUAGACAGAAUAUGAAAAUGUGGCUGCUAUACUGGGGGCUGAGGAUUCACUCUUUGUAUAUCUAAAGGCACUUUUAAAUGUUAAAGCCAGUAUACUUUAACAAGCUAAUGCCCAACAUCCUGGUUGACCAGGACUUGACAGACCACAGUCACAGUAUAUUAAAAUGUUAAACAUGUAUGAAGGUAUGAAAUUGUAAGAAGUGAGGAUUCCUCUCCAAAAAGACUCAGCAGCACAAAUACAUUGAUGUGGAUUUAUUUGUAUCAUUCUCGAACAAAUGCAACCAAUCAAUUGCACGUGCUGCAGGUUUAUUUUCCCUGGCUUUAUCAUAUUGUGUCUGCGCUGCAUUUGAGCUGUCAGUCUUUUAUAUUUUUGCAUUGUUGCUUGUAUAUUUGACUGUGCCAUCUUGAAAUAACUUGUGGUAUUUUGUUGAUGAUUUCCUGCAGUAUUUGAUUUGCCUGUUUGAACCAAUGAAUGUUUUUUGCACUCGAGAUGCAUGCAGUUAACUGAAGCAAUAGAUUUCUAUGAAUGCGUUCUUUGUUAUAUCAGUCAUGUAAAGAAAAUGAGGUUAUGCUUCGAUUUCUUUGUUCUGUAAUUUGCUUGUCGACAUUUUUGUUUAAAGGUAAAACGGAAGCUGUAUUUUUUUUUUUUUUUUAAACGAGUUGAAAUCACAGUGGAUGCUUUACUGAGUUUGUUGAAUCUCUUUCUUGGUUUGAGUGGGAUUUUGUCAGAACAUGACACUACUGCCAGUAUGGAUAACAUACCGUAAGUUAAUGUAGGAAGAUGUUCUUAGGAUUAAGUGUCAGAUUGGAGCCUUUUGGGGUUUUUUGCUUUGUUUUUUUUGUUUUUUUUUUAAAGCAUUGUAUUCUUUCCUUUUUGAUCAUAUUUCAGGGGAAAAAACUGUCCAAGAGCACCAGUUAUUGAACUGAGUGUUGGCAUUCCUUUUUGAAUAAUACAAGUGCCUCCUGUAAAACAAAAAAUAUGCUUGCAUCUAAAAAAAAAAAAAUAUGCCACUAGUUUUGAUGCCAAAUACUUAAAAAAAAA